CUUCUUUUUCAACUUCCUUUCUUUUCCAACUUCUUUUCUUGUUUUUUCUCGUUUUUGUCCAUUCUCCAAUAUUCUCCACCACCUAGCUAUACCAACUAAGCUAGCUCUGCAGCUUAUUUUCUAAUCAGUUAACCUAAUAAGAGAAUGAAGGAGAGUGGUGGUAGAAAACAAGGAGCAAUAUCACCAUGCGCGGCGUGCAAGCUUCUGAGGAGGCGAUGCGCGCAGGAUUGUGUGUUUGCUCCCUAUUUUCCAGCUGAUGAACCCCAGAAGUUUGCCAGCGUUCAUAAGGUCUUUGGUGCUAGCAAUGUCAACAAGAUGUUGCAGGAACUUCCAGAGCACCAACGAAGUGAUGCAGUGAGCUCAAUGGUAUAUGAAGCAAAUGCAAGAGUUAGAGAUCCAGUGUAUGGCUGUGUUGGAGCAAUAUCAUCUUUACAACAACAAAUUGAUGUUCUCCAAACCCAAUUGGCCAUAGCACAAGCAGAAGUAGUCCACAUGAGAAUGCACCAACUCCCUUCCACACCCAAUCCGCCCACCAACUUAUCAGAUCAAAAUAACGGCAACUCCUCAACCAAGCAUAAUACCAAGUCCUUUUUUACCAUGGACAUGGUGAUAGAUCAUCAUCAGUCUAAUAAUAUGGGAGAGUCUUUAUGGUCAUGUUAGUUAUACAUGUCAUUAUAUAUAGGUAUAUAUAUAUGCCGUAUAUUUGAUCUUUCUCAUUUUAUCUAUUUUCUUGUCACUAUGCAGAGCAUCAUGGGCUUGCUUUUUGUUGUCUGCCUUCUUUUACCUUUUUUUUUCAUUUUUCUUAGAUAUUACAUAUAUAUUUGUGGGAAGCAUGCAUCUCUAUUUGAAGAGAUCAUGAUCAU